UUUCGUCCAUCUUCCUCAGGGGGAACUCCAGCCUUCCAAACAGAGUCAGAGCUCCCUCAUCAUCUUUCUGCAACUUCUGAAAAUGGAAACGCAACUCAUAAAUCAACAGGGAGAGAUCAUAUUUCGAUCCAAGCUCCCUGACAUCUACAUCCCCAAGCACCUCACUUUGCAUUCUUACAUAUUUGAGAAUAUCUCCAGCCACUCUUCACGGCCCUGUUUGAUAAAUGGCGCCACCGGCGAUAUCUACACCUACGCUGAGGUCGAGCUCACCGGACGCAGAGUUGCCUCCGGGCUUAACAAACUCGGCGUUAAACAAGGCGAUGUUAUAAUGCUUCUGUUACAUAACUCUCCCCAAUUCGUUCUUUCAUUUCUUGGAGCUUCAUUUCGUGGAGCCAUUGCCACAGCUGCUAAUCCUUUCUUUACUCCGGCGGAGAUAGCCAAGCAAGCUAAGGCCUCUAACACUAAACUCAUAAUCACUCAGGCUGCGUAUGCAGAGAAAGUCAAGGAUUUAGCCCGCGAUCAUGGUAUUAAAGUUUUGUGCAUUGAUUCAGCUCCCGACGGUUGUUUGCACUUCUCCGAGCUAUCGGAGGCCGAUGAGAGAGACAUGCCAGACGUCAAUAUUAGCUCUGAAGAUGUGGUGGCGCUCCCUUAUUCGUCGGGGACGACCGGAUUGCCAAAAGGGGUGAUGUUAACUCACAAGGGGCUGGUCACAAGUGUGGCUCAACAAGUUGAUGGAGAAAAUCCCAAUUUGUAUUUUCAUAGCGAAGAUGUGAUCUUAUGCGUUCUUCCCAUGUUCCAUAUCUAUGCUCUGAACUCGAUCAUGCUUUGUGGGUUGCGAGUUGGGGCGGCCAUUUUGAUUAUGCCAAAGUUUGAUAUUGGUGCCCUGUUGCAGCUGAUACAGAAAUAUAAGAUUACGGUUGCUCCGAUUGUGCCGCCCAUAGUUUUGUCAAUUGCCAAGUCGCCGGAUACCGAUAAGUAUGACUUGUCGUCGAUACGGAUGCUCAAGUCAGGAGCAGCACCGCUGGGGAAGGAGCUUGAAGAUACUGUUAGAGCCAAGUUUCCCCAAGCCACACUUGGUCAGGGCUAUGGAAUGACAGAAGCAGGGCCAGUGCUAGCCAUGUGCUUGGCAUUUGCCAAGGAGCCCUUCAGUAUAAAACCAGGGGCUUGUGGAACUGUAGUCAGGAAUGCAGAAAUGAAGAUAGUUGAUCCUGAAACUGGAGAAUCCUUGCCAAGAAAUCAACCUGGAGAGAUUUGCAUUAGAGGAGAUCAAAUCAUGAAAGGAUACCUGAAUGAUCCUGAGGCCACAGCAAGAACCAUAGAUAAACAGGGAUGGUUACACACGGGAGAUAUUGGAUAUAUUGAUGAUGAUGAUGAGCUCUUCAUUGUUGAUAGAUUAAAAGAAAUAAUCAAGUACAAAGGGUUUCAGGUAGCUCCAGCUGAAAUUGAAGCAUUGUUACUUGCCCAUCUUGAGAUAUCAGAUGCUGCUGUUGUUGGAAUGAAAGAUGAGAAUGCUGGAGAAGUGCCAGUUGCAUUUGUAGUGAGAUCAGACAAAUCCCAAAUAACAGAAGAUGAGAUUAAGCAAUAUAUUUAUAAACAGGUGGUGUUUUACAAAAGAAUAGGAAAAGUGUUCUUCGUAGAAUCAAUUCCAAAGGCACCCUCUGGCAAAAUCUUGAGGAAAAUCUUGAGAGAAAAUUUGACAAGUGAUUUUCAAAAGUAAACUUAUUUUCCUGUAUGUUGUUUAUUUUUAUAAAAUUGGAAGGGAAGGAAAGGAUGAUGCCUGAGUUGGUGUCAUCAUCAAAUACAAGAUGUGAAGCUGUGUUCUAUGUAUGUUGAUUUAUAUCUUGGAAAAAAACAAAAUGUCUCUUGUUAAUUAAUUACCUCAUUAUUGUUGUUAUUAUUAUUAUUUUGGUUAUACUUUCUUGUAACGAAAGCUUUCUUUAAUCC